ACGUUUAUAUGAUUUAAGAUUUAUUAUUUCUUCUUGUGGUGUCUAUAAUUUGUUGGAUAAAAAUACUUUUUUGUGAUAUAAAUAUUGUAUGUUUUCCUCAAAAAUUUCUCGAAUAGGUUGAUACUCUAUUUAUUUCGAUACAGAGGCUAUUAUGGAUUCUAAAAAGAUACAAGAUACACAGUCAUGUUUAAAUUAUCUUUCUAAGUUAGAAGAGGCAGCUCAGGAGAUUCUGAUUGAUAAAGAACAGAUUGUAAGCUACAGUAGAAGAAGUAAUGCACUCAGAGAAGCAAAAAGAGCUUUACAAGCAGAUUUAAAAAAAGAUCCCCCCAAUUCAAAAACUUGGAUGUGCUUUGGAAAUAUAUUCAUUAAAUGUCCAAAGACAAAAGCAUUAAAUAUGAUAGAAAAAGAUGAAACUUUAAUUGAUGAAGAGAUAAAUACCUUAAGAAACAACCUGAAACCUAAAGUUGAUAAUAUUCGAAAUUUGGAAGGAAAGCCCGAGCAUCCAUUUAACUUGAAACCCUUGAGUAAAGAUGAAGUUAAUGCUAUGAAAAAAAUAUUAUAUAACCCAGUAUAAUUAAAUUUGUAAACUAAUAUUGUACAUAUGUGUAUUUUGUCUUAUAUUUUAUUAACAGAAUAAAAUCUUAUUAUAA